AUGAAGGCCUAAUUCUACUGGGUUUCCAAAUUUUUAGAGAUCUGCCGAUUAAGAAAUGUCGCCAUCCAACUGGAUGAAUCGUAUGGUUUCCGAACCGUACUAUUUGCUCCAUAUUCUGGUUUUCUUCUCCUACAUUCCUGUAAGGUGUUCCGCCGCCUGCCUCCUCUCUCAUCACCGCUCCGCUCAUCUUCUUCACCGAGUGGUGAAAACAGAAUCAUGGGAGGCUUUUAUAGCCGAUACUAUAUUCUUCGCGAAGUUUUUCCUAGCAGCUAUUGCUCUGGUCAUGGAUUAUCACUUGGCUUUGUGGUAUGCCGUAGCAUUUGCCAGCACAACAAGUCACCUAACACCUCUCCAGCUGGAAACACUGCUUACUGAGGGGAACACAUCAAAAUUCUGGAUGGUCGAAUUUCGUUCUUUGUCUACAUCUAGUUGCAUAAGAUCAAGUUCCGUUUUCCCUAAACUCUCGAUUACAUUCUCAAACAAAAAUUUAUCCUUCGCCACAAUUGAUGUUGGACUCUUUCCAAAUGUUGCCGAGAAAUUUGGAAUCACCCUUGGAAGUCUUCACCAACUUCCGACAUAUAUGUUAUUCCGUGAUGGAGAUAUGGUCUCACGCUUACCUGAUAUUGAUUACGAAGCAAAGAUUUUUGAUUCGCCUCUGUCUAAGAGACUUUUGUGCCGACAUUUUGAGCUCGAUAAGCUGUUCCUCGAUUAUAUAAAUGGUAAAUAGGCAAGCAGGGGCUGCACUGCACUCAACACUAGAAACUAGAAGAGGAGUGUUUGAGCGUUUGCUUAAAUCUAUACAAUCGAGAAAAUAAUGAUUUCUGGACCCUUUGGUAUACGGGAUAUAUUGUAGGCACAGUUACUAGAGCUUGGGAUACUUUGCCUGCAGAGUUUUUUUUUUUUUUGGAGUUUAUAAAGAAUUUUGACUUAAAUUUUACCUUACUGUUAUGGAUCUUAUUAUGGUUCAUGGUUAGGCAAUUUGAGUGAACUUGGUUUAUUUGUUUGGUUUUAGUUAAAUUAUUACGCAGCCUGUGCGAUACAUGAUGAAG